ACGACAACCGACACUCCCACACCAUGUACAAGCUUGUGAUCCUGAUGUGCGCCGUGGCCGCCGCCCACGCCGGCUACCUGGGAGGCUACGCCGCCCCCGCCGUCGCCGUGGCGCCUGCCGUGGCCGCCCCCGCCGUGGCUGUAGCCCACGCCCCCGUGGCCGUGGCGCCCGCCGCCUCUUCGUACGCCAACACGUACCGCGUGUCGCAGACAGCCCGCCUCCUGGCCGCUCCCGCUGUCGCCGCCGCCCCCGUAGCCUACGCCGCCCCCGCCAUCCACGCCCCCCUUGCCUACGCCGCCCCUGCUGUCGCUGCUCCUCUCCUCAAAGUGCACUGAAAUGAAUGAACCAUACUAAUGGAGCUAAGCGAUCUAAAUGUAUUACUAUUUAUGUAAGAAAUAAAAAGUUAUUUAAUUAUA